GUUAAAUGUUUGUUAUUGUGCUGUCAUUAUGGCCAGCUUAGCGGAUGUCGGCUGGAAACUGCUGGAGUUUAAAGCCAGAUCUAAGCGCUCAGUUUAACUAAUAGAGGACUGGCGUAGAAUUCAUCUAAUGAAAAAUGGCCAUCACUGCCAAUGAGGCUCUCAAUGCCCGCCGCAAACUCCGGAAAUUUGGCUCCAUCUAUGAACCCCUUAAGCUAUCCAUUCUGCACCGGGAAGAUGAGCCCCUUUGGAUAAAACUUGACCGCUUCUAUAACGCAGUGAAGUGCACCAUUCUGAAUUUCCAGAGCCCUACCACUGGUUUGUUCCCAGUGAAGACCUGUUCCACCUGUAAGGAAGCUAAAGUCCGAGACUCCCUCUACUGUGCUGCUAGUAUCUGGGCACUGGCUUUGGCUUACAGGCGCAUUGAUGAUGACAUGGGUCGCACUCACGAGCUGGAGCACUCCGCCAUCAAGUGCAUGCGGGGGAUCAUGUACUGCUACAUGCGGCAAUCUGAUAAGGUGGAGAAGUUUAAGCAGGACCCAAACCCAUCCACGUGCUUGCACUCAAUAUUUAAUGUUCACACUGGAGAUGAGGUUUACGCCUAUAAAGAGUUUAGCCAUCUACAGAUUGAUGCCUUGUCUCUGUUCCUACUGUACCUGGUUGAAAUGAUUUGUUCUGGACUCCAAAUCAUCUACAAUACAGAUGAGGUAUCAUUCAUCCAGAACCUGGUGUUCUGUGUGGAGAGGGCAUAUCGUGUGCCAGACUUUGGCAUGUGGGAACGGGGAAGCAAAUAUAACAAUGGAAGCACAGAGCUUCACUCUAGCUCUGUGGGUCUUGCCAAAGCAGCCCUGGAAGCCAUCAAUGGAUUCAACUUAUUUGGAAAUCAGGGAUGCUCCUGGUCUGUAAUUUUUGUAGAUCUGGAUGCUCAUAACAGAAACAGACAGACUAUGUGCUCUCUGUUGCCCAGGGAGUCUCGUUCCCAUAAUACAGAUUCAGCCCUCCUGCCCUGCAUCAGCUACCCAGCAUUCGCCGUGGAUGAUGAUGCUCUAUAUUCCCAAACUCUGGACAAGAUUGUCCGCAAACUGAAGGGCAAGUAUGGCUUCAAGCGGUUUCUGCGGGAUGGCUACAGAACAGCCAAUGAAGACAAGAACCGCAGACACUACAAACCUGCAGAGAUGAAGCUCUUUGACGGGAUCGAGUGCGAGUUUCCUAUUUUUUUCAUCUAUAUGAUUAUUGAUGGUGUGUUUAGGGAAAAUCCUGCUCAAGUCAAAGAGUACCAGGAACUGCUAGAAGCUGUCAUUUUCCAGUCAUCUGAGGGCCAUGCUGUUAUCCCUAAGUACUACUAUGUGCCGGCAGACUUUGUGGAGGCUGAACAGAAAAAGCAUGGCAGCCAGAAGCGUUUCCCUAGCAACUCAGGGCGUGAUGGCAUGCUUUUCCUCUGGGGACAGGCCCUUUAUAACAUCGCUAAGCUUCUGGUGGAUGGUCUGAUCAGCCCAAAUGACAUCGAUCCCAUCCAUCGCUAUGUACCACGGCAGGCUCAGAGGAACGUCAGCAUGCGAUACUCAAAUCAGGGCCCUAUUGAGAAUGAUGUGGUAGUCCAUGUGGCCCUGAUAGCAGAGAGUCAAAGACUGCAGGUCUUCCUAAACACCUAUGGCAUCCAAACUCAAACCCCGCAGCAGGUGGAGCCCAUUCAGAUCUGGCCCCAGAAAGAACUGGUGAAGGCAUAUCGCUUCCUCGCCAUCAAUAAGAAGCUUGGUUUGAGUGGGAGACCAGAUAGGCCUGUUGGCUGCAUUGGCACUUGUAAGAUUUAUCGAAUCCUUGGAAAGACAGUAGUCUGCUAUCCAAUCGUCUUCGAUCUCAGCGACUUCUACUUGUCCCAGGAUGUCAUGCUUUUGAUUGAUGAUAUCAAGAAUGCUUUGCAGUUUAUUAAGCAGUGCUGGAAGAUGCAAGGUCGACCUCUCUUCCUGGCCCUUAUCAGAGAGGACAACAUUAAGGGGAGCCGCUUCAACCCCGUUCUGGACAUGCUGGCAUCUUUUAAGAAGGGAAACAUUGGAGGAGUUAAAGUUCAUGCUGAUAGACUUCAGACCCUGAUAUCAGGCGCUGUGGUAGAGCAACUGGAUUUCCUACGUGUCAAUGAAGCCGAGAUCCCUGAGUUUAAGAGCUUUGAGGAGAUGGAGAUGCCCAAGCACUCUAAGGUGAAGCGUCAGACCAGCACGCCAAAUGCCUCUGACCUAGAGCAGCAGCCCGAGAUUGAAAUCGAUGAAUGGUUCCAUAAAUCCACAUAUGAGAUACUACAAAAAUUCAAUGACUGUGACUGCUUGGCCAGUCAAGCCCAACUGGCCAGUGUUCUCUUGAAAAAAGAAGGCCCUGACUUCUUCAACAAAAACGAAAACCUCAAGGAUGAUGUGGAGAGAAUUUACAGAAGAGCUGGCAGCAGGAAGAUGUGGUCCGUUGUGCGCCUUGCUGCCAGUCUCUUAACUAAACUAGUGGACAGCCUCGCCCCGAGCAUUACUAGUGUUUUAGUGCAUGGCAAGCAGGUGACUCUUGGACUGUUUGGGCAUGAGGAAAUCGUGAUCUCCAACCCCCUGUCUCCAGGAGUCAUUAAGGACAUUAUAUACAGCAAGUGCAGCCCCCACGGUGAGCGAGAGGCCGUUCUACAGCAGGAGCUUGUCAUUCACAUCGGCUGGAUCAUCUCCAACAACCCUGAGCUAUUCAGUGGCAUGCUCAAGAUCCGUGUGGGGUGGAUUAUUCAGGCCAUGAAGCAUGAGUUAAAGAUCCGUGCCGGGGAAAUGCCCACCCAGGACAUCUACCAGAUGUCCCCUAGUGAUGUCAAACAGCUACUACUGGAUGUCCUCCAGCCUCAGCAGACUGGCAGGUCUUGGCUCAGUAGACGCCAGAUCGAUGGCUCACUCAACCGUACCCCUCUUGGCUUCUAUGACCGUGUUUGGCAAAUCCUGGAGAGAACACCUAAUGGUAUUACGAUUGGAGGACAUCAUCUCCCUCAGCAACCUACUCUAUCAGAUAUGACCAUGUAUGAGAUGAAUUUUUCUCUGUUGGUGGAGGACACAAUGAAGAACAUAGUAUUGCCUGAGUACAGGCAGAUCAUUGUUGAGCUGUUGAUGGUGGUGUCAAUUGUGCUGGAAAGAAACCCAGAGCUGGAGUUUCAGGAGACAGUGGAUUUGGACCAACUUGUUAAUGAUGCCUUUGCAGACUUUCAGAAAGACCGCAGCAGACUGGAGGGCACUGAGAAGCAGGAUGACAUGGAGGCCUUCUACAACACACCGGCCUUGGGGAAACAAGGCACAUCCAGUUACAUGACUAAGGCCGUAAUUAUCCAGCUGCUGCAGGGAGAGGUGAAGCCCAGUAAAGAUGACCCGUGCUCUGUCAGCUAAACCACCGCACACUUCUGUCAGUAUUACACAGACUCUGUCAUACAUGGCACAGCCUUGCUAACAUAGAUUUGUUUUUGACUGAAAAGAUAUGAUAUAGUACUUAAAUAAUUUAUUUUCUUCUACCAGGACACAACCUGGCUUUGUCUAGAGAAUUGAAUGCCUCAUCAUGAUCUAUAACUGUAAACCAUAAGGUCAAUAUACAAUAAGAGAUGUACAGUAAGAUCAAAUGAACCAUUGUAAUGUAGGUCAGUAUUUCUGCAUGUGGGCAAUAAUGAAAGGAGUGAUGUAUAUGUUGACAGAGUGAAGAUAGAUGCUGUUGCAUUCUUUGAAAUCAUUGAUGUAGUAAACGUGUUUUUCUUAAUUUUAUGUAGUUGUAUUUAAUUCUGCACCUGUUAUCAGUUUAUUUCAGAGUCUAUAUAUCUCUAGUUAACAUAUUAUGUGUAUCACCUCUUUGUUUAAAUGCUAAUAUGAAAAUUGAGUAUCCCAGGUUUGCCACCUAAUCGGAACAGUUUUUUGUUUUUCAGUCCAUCGCUACUAAAGAAAUGAAUAUUACAAGAAUAAAUAAAAUA